GAACGGCGCCCUUCGGGCCGCACCCCGCCUCGCGCCGGGCGCAUGCGCGCUGCCGAAGGCUGGCUUCCUCAGCUCAGCCUCUCAAGACGGUGCCUCACGCGGCCUCCGGCGGGGCCCGGCGAGGUCUCUCCUCGCCCCGGGAAUGGGCUCGGCCCCGGCAUGCCCCCCCGCCGAAGUCGUCCCGGACCGUUGCCGGCAAGGUCAGCGCCGCCCGGAGAGCCCUGAAGGGGACGAAGAGACGGUUACAUCAACUAUGCCGGCUGCAUCAACUAUGACUGUGUGCAUCGUAGAAGCCCAAAGGAAAGGUGGGAUGUCAGAGUAGCGCUCUCAAUCCUCGUCAGGGCCCGUCCAGAAAAUCAUGCAGUCAUCUGGGCACAGGUUCCGUGACGUUGAGCAUCACCCGCUGCUUGCCGAAAAUGACAGCUACGAUUCGUCGUCCUCGGAGGCUGACAUGGCCGACAGGGUCUGGUUCAUCCGUGAUGGUUGCGGGAUGGUCUGCGCAGUGAUGACAUGGCUCCUCGUUGUCUAUGCAGAUUUUGUAGUGACGUUUGUCAUGCUGCUGCCUUCCAAAGACUUUUGGUACUCCCUCAUCAACGGGGUGCUCUUCAACUGCUUGGCGGUGCUGGCGUUGUCCUCUCACCUGAGAACGAUGCUGACCGAUCCUGGGGCCGUUCCCAAAGGAAACGCCACAAAAGAGUACAUGGAGAGUUUGCAGCUGAAGCCCGGCGAGGUGAUCUACAAAUGCCCCAAGUGCUGCAGCAUCAAGCCGGAGCGUGCCCACCACUGCAGUAUUUGCAAGCGAUGCAUUCGGAAGAUGGACCAUCACUGCCCUUGGGUCAACAACUGCGUUGGGGAGAGAAACCAGAGGUUCUUUGUGGUGUUUACCAUGUACAUAGCUCUAAUAUCCGCUCAUGCUCUCAUCCUGUGCGGGUUUCAGUUCUUCUCCUGUGUCAAAGGACAGUGGACUGAGUGUAGUGACUUUUCCCCACCCGUGACUGUGAUCCUGCUGGUUUUCUUGUGCCUUGAGGGUUUUCUGUUUCUUACGUUCACCGCGGUGAUGUUCGGCACCCAGAUCCACUCGAUAUGCAACGACGAAACGGAGAUCGAGAGGCUGAAGAGCGAAAAGCCCACCUGGGAGCGGAGGUUACGCUGGGAAGGGAUGAAGUCCGUCUUCGGGGGCCAGCCUUCCCUGCUGUGGAUCAACCCUUUUGCGGGAUUCCGGAUCAAGCGGCUGAUGCUGAGGGCCAAGAAGGGAGGUCCAGAGUUCUCUGUCUGAGCCCGCCCGGGAAACCACGCCGGAACGGACACCCACACACCCACAAAAAGAGUAGUAUAUAGUAUUUAUUUGGGGCCAGGAGAGCAGGCUGCCCUCUUUGAACCUGUGACCAAUGGAGGUUGACACAAGUGAGACAUUUUGCUUGUAGCAAGCAGAAUUUUAUACGUUUAUAGUCACCGACAUCUCAUUAACUCUCGGAAGCGUCGGCCACAGAUGCUCCGCCGCGUGGCUUUGAGCAGGAAGCGAAAAACAGAAACCCCGAGAAAGCUGGACAGUCACCCCUGAAGAAGCCAAAAUACCAUCUUAACUACUGUAACUUAUUAUUUUACCGGACUGAUUACGCUUUUCUUUUUCUUUUUGUCAAGCCCCUUUUAUUUGAUACGUCUUUUUUUAAGAGUGUACCUCCGCUGUUUUUAUAAGACUUGUGUGCUGAGGUGAAGUUGUCAAUCGUGCUGCAUAAGGUACAGAUGCCGGAAACCACUCGCCAAGUGCAACUCUUCAUCCCCCAUGGUUUCGAGGCAGAGCUCAGUCCCGUAAUGUAACUUUUCUGUCCUGCCUUUUGAGUCCAACGAGCUGUGUUUCUGUUACGUGAACACCUCCCAAAGGCCCGUGAUCCACAACUGCAUUGCCAGACUGCCUAAGGGGGUGACAAGCACCCCCGGAUUUCCCUAGGCUCAUAGCGGGCUGAAUCCUUUGGGGGGAUUCAAUAUCAAAUGCUUAAAUGUGCCGUAGCCUCGUUGUGUCUUCCACCCUUAAACAUUAG